AUGUCCCAAUUACCCCACGGUCAAGCAACGCCUGAAAAAGGAGGAUACUGGAGACGUCCAGACAUACUAAUUGGAGCCGACUACUUCUUUGAAUUUAUGUCACCGCACAAGCUUCGCAAUAUGGCAUCUGGAUUCUACAUUAUCUCCACCAAGGUUGGUCCUAUAAUAACAGGUAGUGGAUACAUGACUUGCAGUUCUAAUCAAAUUGAUAGUGAUUCUGACAGAAUUAAUUCGAUCAGUGUGACCACUGUUACAACACAUCCAGAUAUCGAUCAGUUUUGGGAACUAGAAUUAAUAGGGAUCCAAGAGCAACCAAAUGCACAAGACGAUGAAAAAGCUCUAAAUCUGUUCAAACAAACCAUCACUAAGGGAAACAAUAGAUACCGAGUUUGCUGGCCAUGGAAAAUUUUGCUGUCAGAAACUGAUAGAGUCUGUCAAUCUAAUCAAAGAUGCAAAACAGGCGAAAGAAAAAUCGGAGCAGCCUCAUGA